CGCCACCUAUGUAGGAAGACGUCGAACAAGUCGACUUGAUAUAAACAAGUCGGCAAAUGUCACGGGAAAGUGUGUUUGGUUGAGGAUUAACUGAAAAUUAUCGGCGGAAGUCCCAACAGUACCGGUUCUGUGCGUGUGACUCGGAGUUUACCUUAGACGAUGGAGGGGCAGAAUGGGAGUUACAUUUCUCGGAUUCCAGUCGCUGGACCCCCGCCUCAAGGCGUUGCGGCACCGCCACCCAUUGGAUUCGAAAUGCAAAACAUGGACCCAUCCCCGCCAGGACCUGACCCAGGGAGAGUAAGUCCGGUGCCACCGCCACCACCUCCAGAGUACAACAACGGAGUGGCGGUAGACAUGGAGCAGCCUGCACCAAUCGGAUUUGAGGGAGCAGGGGAAGGUCAUGCAAAUGCUGGAUUUGAAACUGAACCUGAUCUUGAAACUACUCCCAACGUUGAGCCAGUUGAGGCAGUAGGCAUGCCCUCUGCCGAGCAUUUCCCUGACCCCCCUGACCCCCAGCCUGUCGGUCAGCCCAUUGGCUUUGAAGGUCAAGGUCACCCACCGCCCCCUAAAGGUCAUGACCUUGCCCUUGCAUCUGCAGGUGCAGGAUAUGUAGCUGCACCAGAUCUUGUUCAUGUACCAGGAUCAGUAGAAAAUGGAGAGAAACCAAAUGCUACCAAACAUGAGUUGCAGGACCCUGAAGAGAGUCGGGAAGACCUGGUCCUCUUGUCCCGUGAGGACAAUGACCAGCUGCAUCUUAAGACUGACCCAGAGUCCAUGUUCUUUAAUGAUGGAAGAAGAAGAAUUGACUUUGUUCUCGCUUAUAAGACAAACACUGGUUCCAAUGAAGAAAAGCGCAAAAAACGAAGGGACGUGUUUGAAGAAAACCUCAGAAAUGAGGGAUUAGAACUGGAAAUUGAAGAAAAGAAGGCGAAACCUCUGGGUAAACAAAACAAAAUCCAGCAACUUCUGAAGGAGGAUAACCUGUAUUUUGUCAAGGUCCAUGCAACAUGGGAGGUUCUGACGAGAUAUGCAGAGAUCAUGAGCAUGAAGAUGCCAUUGCAGGACCAGGGAGACUACGACGACGCCGAAAACGACAUGAUAGAUAACAUCACAACUUGCUGGUCAAAAUGUCCAACACCGUUUGAUAUUGACCCUGACCGACUGCCUGAAAUGUCAGAUUACUUCACAGCUGCCUUCUCCAGAGAAAGGGUUGACCAAGGGAUGUUCAUCAUCAAAGAUCAGGACACAUUCUUCAACACAGCUCAACGCAGUCUGAUCGUGUACCAGAUUCUGUUAAGAUGUGUUUAUGAAGACUUGGGAGACAAGAGAAAGAACAAGUUUGGAAUCAAGAAGAUGCUGAGCACAAAUUCCUAUGUUGCAGCUUACGCUUUGCAUGAGGGCAACUUUAAAAGUGAUCACUCGUUAUUGACAAGAGGCAAGGCUAACGACAGACAUCUUCUGUACGAAGUAUGGGCCAAGCCAUCGAUGUGGUACAAGUUCCAGCCCCUUGAUUACAUCAGACGCUACUUUGGUGAGAAGAUUGGCAUCUACUUCAGUUGGCUCGGCUACUACACCAGUAUGUUGAUACCCUCGGCCAUUAUUGGUCUUGUUGUCACCUUCUUUGGCCUUGGAACACUCUGGGAUGAUGUGCCCAGUCAGGAGAUUUGUCUGUUGGAUAAGGCUGGCAACACUACCAUGUGUCCUCUGUGUGACAAGAGAUGCUCCUUCUGGAGACUGAAGCGAAGUUGCCUGUACUCACAAGUCACGUAUCUGUUCGACAACCCGGCCACGGUGGCCUUUGCUGUGUUUAUGGCGUUGUGGGCAACAUUCUUUGCCGAAAUGUGGAAACGACGUCAGGCUGAGAUUGAAUAUGAUUGGGAUGUAGCUGAUUUUGAGGAAGAGGAAACACUACGACCAGAGUUUGAAGCGUCAGUGACACGGAUGAAAAAGAAUCCCAUCAAUCACGUUUAUAGGAACAAAAUCACCCAGAUUGAGGAGCCGUACCUGUCACUGGGCAGUCGAUUGUGUCGCUACAUGUCUUCUCUCUGGGUCGUCCUUUUCAUGUUGUGUGUGGUAGUGGCAGCAGUGUUUGGCGUCAUCGUCUAUCGAAUCACGGUGUCGGCGCUGUUGUAUGGCACUGACCAGGAGGAGAUCAGUCAACGAGCAUCAACCAUCACAUCAGCAACAGCAGCUUGCAUCAAUCUUGUCAUCAUCAUCGUGCUAGGCAGGGUGUACUUGGUCAUUGCCGAAGUCUUAACAAAUUUUGAAACCCACCGCACACAGACAGAGUGGGAAGACAGCUUCACACUCAAGAUGUUCCUGUUCCAGUUCGUCAACCACUACGCCUCUCUCUUCUACAUUGCCUUCUUCAAGGGAAAAUUAACCGGUCGCCCAGGCAGCUACAACAGAGCAAUCCUUGGCAGCAGACAAGAAGAGUGUGAUCCGGCAGGCUGUCUGAUAGAGUUGUGUAUACAGUUGGGUGUCAUCAUGGUUGGCAAACAGACCUUCAACAACUUCAAGGAGGUUAUUCUACCGAAGUUGAUGAACUGGUUCAAGUCGCGGAAGGUGAGUGAGGAAGAGAAGGAGACUCUUCCUCGCUGGGAGGAAGAUUACAACCUCUCCACCAUGCCUGACUUGGGACUGUUUGAUGAAUAUCUGGAGAUGGUGAUACAGUAUGGGUUUGUGACUAUUUUUGUGGCAGCAUUCCCUCUGGCACCAUUAUUCGCUCUGCUAAACAACGUCAUUGAAGUGAGACUGGAUGCUUACAAGUUUGUCACUCAGUGGAGGCGACCUCUUGCAGCAAGAGCUCAGGAUAUUGGUGUCUGGUUUGGAAUCCUGAGAGGCAUUUCCACCGUGGCUGUAGCUUCAAAUGCAUGUAUAAUAGCAUUUACAUCCGAGUUUAUACCCAAACUGGUGUAUCGGUUUGCCUAUGGCAAUGAUACCUCCCUGGAUGGUUACAUACAGUUCAGCUUGUCAGAGUUCCGUGUCAAUGAUUAUGAGAAUUCAAGUUUUCCUGCUGACCUCAAAACUGAUGAAUUUGGGGUAGUGACAACAUGCAGCUAUAGAGAUUACAGGGAUGCAACGAAAAAUUAUAGAUUCAGUGUGCAGUUCUGGGAGAUCCUUACAGCUAAGCUAGCCUUCAUCAUUGCAUUCAUUUUGGUGGUGGUGUUCCUAUCAUGGCUGGUGUCCUACCUCGUCCCAGACAUCCCUCGCACAGUCAAGCUUCAGAUGCUUCGAGAGAAACACUUGGCAAAGGAAGCAGUAUUGCAAGCAGAAGCCCUGAGAAGAGAAAACAACCUCAGGCGUCGAAAACCAGAAACAGAGGGUCCAUUGUACUAGUAUCAGGAAGACCCCUGUCAGGGUAGAUAACUCUCAGUUAAUUCUGGCCUAUGUUGGUAGGGGAGCUAACUCUGUUUCUUCAAGUCCUCAGUUCAUAGGGGAGAUAACCCUGUGUCACUUGUAUUCUGUUGGUUUGGAGUUCACUGGUACCAGUAUUUAGUAGGGAGAAAACUUGACAGUUUAUAUAAAGCCAGCAAGGUGAUAAAUCUGUUAGAUGUUGCUUGUGAGAUGGAUUAGAAGGAACAAAUGUUCUGCUUAUGUAAGGGUUAACUAUUUAAUAAAUAUCUGCACAAGAAGAACCAGAGAAAGAUAUAACAGUGCGACUUGAACUGUUUGUUGAGCACUUGUGAUAUCCAACUCACAAUACAUUACUCAGUUUAAUUUGUCAUGAAGGUGGCCAGUUGAUUAUUGACACAUAAGACAAAGAAUAUUUCAUGUUCAAAACUAAUGUGACUGUUAUAAUCGCUUACUCGGUCCUUAAUAUAUUUGUCAAUAAAGGGCCACUGUGAUAUGGGAAAGACAAUAAGGACUGUAUUUUAUAAGAUUGCACAUUCUCACAAGGGAUUCUGUAAAGUCCUUGUGAGUGAAAGUAACUUUUUACAUGAAAGAAUCACACUGAAAUGUGGUGUCCCAACAUUGACAUAUACUGAUGAAGUCAAUUUAGUAAGAAACAUCUAUCCAUGAAUACUUUGUAUUUUAUAGAAAUACUUUAUUGACGGAUAAAGGUAUUGCAUAGUAAAUUAUGCUGUUUUUCAUUUUUAACUGGCAUACCAGUAACAUGUACCAAUGCUGUAGUGUAGCAGAUAAACUGUGAAUACUAAAAGAUGGAUACUAAUAUAUACCGGUAUUCUGUAAGUGUAAGUUACAAAUGUAAAUGUAUAUAGUGUAUUCAUAGCUUUGAAUUAAAUCACUUAUACCAUUUUUUAAACCACCGAACACUGAUAGAAUAUAUUAAUAUGUAAACCAAAGCAUGUUGCCAAAAUUUACCUUUUCAGUUAGAUAUUUAACUGUCAUAAAAUAAUGAAAAUAGAAUUUGUUUUGGGUUAUGUUUUUGCAUAUUUCCCAACUUACAAAUUUCUGGGGUUUUUUAAUGUAUGUAAUGUGACACAGAGUUUUGUUCCAGUAUAUUAUGGCUGACCUUUUCAUUUCCGAUAUGAAAAUUGUGUGAUUAUUUUGGCCAUAAAGGAAAUACUAAGAAAAGAAUUCUUGCACUUUUGAAGUAGCUAGUUUGAAACCGAUAAAAAUACUUUUGAAAUUUGAUGCCAAGACACAGUUAAAUAUGUACACUGAACUGUGAACUUAAUGUUUGUGUGGUCUAACGAAAAUAUGGUGUUUCAAUAUACCUUUGUCACAAGCCUUGUGUAUGGUUUAUAUGAAGUGUAUAGUGAUGUGUUUUGUAUCUGUAAAUCUUUAGUUCUCUUCCAUACCUCCUAACCUCAAGUCUACUAACAAAAUGAAGUUUAUACUGUUUUGGUAUAGUGUUUUUCUCCUAUUCACUACAUUGUAAUCCAUACUAACAGGUUUAAAUUGCUCAAGAUUGUUAUAGCAUCAUAUCUGAAGUUAUGUAAUGGAACAUUCAUUUCUUGAGCUCAAUUGUAAAUAAAGAUUUUUUACUGUCUGAAUACAUUCAACAAAUUUGUAGUAUUAGCAUGAACUUUUUGGAAAUAAUGUUCAAAAUCUUUUCUCUCUUUUUCUCAUGUAUUUAUUGACUACAUUGUUACCUUGUUCCCACAAGAUUUGUUAUUGUUUGUUUGGCUUCUUGUUUACCUUGCAUGGUGAAACACCUGCAGCCUUAGACACAUACAGUAUCAGAAGCAUUGGGUCAGUAUUGAUGAAAAUCAUCAUCUGGGUAACAUUGCAAACAAAAUGUUUAUUUUUGUGUGUAAAUAGUCUUCAGUAUUUCACCCUAUCUUCCAGCAGGUAAAAAAGAAAUGUAUUUACACAACGUGAUAUUUUAUCCCGGCAGAAUUUAUGUAAUUGAUGCUUUUGUUUAUAAGUGAACAAAAUUGAUGGGCAUUUAUGUGAAAAUUUCAAUAUUUGAUUGCCUCUUGAAACAACCGGAGGUUAUGAUUCAAAGCAGCUACUUUCUUUAUAUAUACAUCACAAUUUCCAUUUUGAUUUAAUCAAUCUUAAUUUUUGUGAAAAAAUGUCGUCAAGUUUUCACCCCAGUUACCUCUGCUUGUGUCUAUUUAUCAGAUCUUUCCAUACCUUUAACAAAACUGCAUCAUUGUACAAAGAUUUACUUGUAAAAUUUGUAUGUGCUUGUAUUUUUGUAUCAAAGGGACUGUACAGGAUGUAGCAUACAAUCAAACUAGUGAUAACCGGUACAGGUCUUGCCACAAAUAGAAGCGGGCACACUUGUCCAAGCUGGCAAGAAGAAAGAGUAUUGAUGAUUGGGAAUCUUCUUUCAUCUUUUCUGAAAUGCAAUGAACAUUUACUGCAUCAAAUGCUUCAGAUGGAGAUGGUUUGUUUUCUAACUACAACUAAUGGACACUUUGUAAAAUGUCGUAGCAGUCUUCCAAGCUCUAGUGAUGUUUUCUCUUUAUAAUUCAUUAUUAGGUAUUGAAAUUGUUUUUUAAAGAGCAGCAAUGAUUACACACGCACAAGUAAGUUUUGCAAUAUUCUUUACUUUCUUUCUUUGGCAAAACAUUGUGAUCAUUAAUGUCGCUCGGACAAUGGUGAAAAUUGUUGAUCAUCGAUGUCAUGUAGUCUUUGGUAUUGUAAAAUCAUUUUUUAUUAAUGUCAUUCAAGUGUCACUUGUUGAUCAAUAAUCUUGUGUUGACUAAUGAUUUGUAAUAAUUUGUUGAUCUUUUAUAUUAUGUAGGCAAUGAUAGAUAUUUUUUUCUUGAUCUCUUAUUGGUAAUGAUUUGUGAAUCCUUAAUGUCAUGCAGACAAUGCUUGGUGAAAUUGGUCUGUUCAUACAUUACAUGAACAUAGAACAUUUGGAAAAUUUCUUAACAGUUGCAUAAAUAUUGGAAAAUGAGAAGUACACUGUUUAUAAUAUUGG